UUUUGGUUGGAGGAGGGGAGUUGUGAUUUGCGCUGCAGUCAGACGAGAGAGAUCGUCUUUCAGACCAGAUAUGGAGGCUCUGCUGUGGAGCCCUUGAAAGACUUGAAAGACGUGACUUGUUUACUCGCAGAAGAGGAACUUUAUCGGAACUUAAAGCUGACGUUUGUUUGUUUUCUUUUGGACUACGUAUUUGGCAGAUUCUCCCCCCCCCCUCACCGUGAAUGAAAAUGCUUUGCACUUUUUGACUCAAAGGAGCGGCGGACACCCCCCCAUCCCACCCCACCCGGUCUGUUCCGUUGUGAGUUGCGCUCAGCGUUGAAAGCUCUCUCUUUUUUAGUGCGCGGACAUUGGACGAUCUGACCAUCAACGUGUCGUACUCUCCGGCUUACGCCACAGUUUUUCUUGUGCCGCUGCGGAGUUCAAGCGAGAGUAUCUUGAGUGCUUUUCUAUUCCCGAAGAGAGAGAGCGAGAGAGAGAGAGAGCUUCUCUUAUCUUUUUCUUCCCACCAUCCGUCUCCCCUUUCUCCUUUUGUCUUCUCCGGAGAAGGUGGAGCUCGGAAACACGGCAGUGAUGGUUCGCUUGCGCUGACCGGCAAUUGUCAAACGAUCCCCGUGGCAGAGGCAACAAACGGCAACGCGUUGAAGGACCUUUUUGUCCUUCGUCAUCACACAAACGGAAGGCCGUUUUUUUUUUUCCUCUGGGGGCGACGGCAGCCCUUUGAUGUCUUGACGCCGCCCUCCGCAUGGAAACAGUCGGAAGCGAUUCCAACCUGGCCGCUCGCUAGUUAUGGACGGCACGGCGGCUAUUUUGAAAGCGUGCGCCCGCUCCAGGGCGGCGUGGUGCCGGCGCGAGCGGGCCUCCGCGCGUCUCCCGCGGAGGUUUGCGGGCAGCUGCCAUUGCGGGGCGGUUGGCACCUUGGGCCACGCCUCCUCCCUUCUGCGAAGCGUUCUCUUUUAUGUUUGCUGCUGUCUGACUCAUGAGGAAAACUCGGAUCUGUGUCGGGAUUGGGUCGAUCAUCCCAUCGAUGGAGGAAGGAGGAACAGGAGAGGCAGAAGGUCCGAGGAAGCAGGUGAAGAGGAGGAUUUCGGACCCCCUCCCUCCGUAGACGAGGCGGCCGACGCGCUGAUGACCAGACUGGGCUUUUUAUUGGGAGAAAAGAUCCUUCAUGAAGAACCUGGCUCACCUCACCACGCCCAAGCGGAUGGACAGAGGAUCUCGCCUUCCUCCAGUUUGGACAGCAGCAGCAACUCUCCCACAUCCACACUACAGCCCCCCGCUGGUGUGGAGGGGAACAACAACAAACCAUCCGUCCACGCCUCUGUCACCUCUCCCACGUCGACUCUGGAGAGCAGAGAUAGUGGGAUCAUAGCUACGUUGACCAGCUAUUCGGCCGACUCGGCGGCAGAGCGCGAGGACAAUGCCAAGCACCCCGGCGACGGUUACCAAGGAAGCAGCCUCCAACGAUGGAGGCCGGAGGGGCGGCCAGUGGUGGCGUCGACUUCCUCUUCCUGUAUGAUAGCGACAGGAAGCUCCGACGAUGACUUUGUCUACAGGGCGGAGGACGGCGUGGCUUCUACAUACAGCCUGAACAAACUCCACCCAGAAUGGGGGCAAGACUCAAAGCACUUGUCUGGAUCCACCCACUCCAUCCCGCUCUACCUGAUGCCUCGCCCCAACUCGGUUGCUGCCACUAGUUGCGCUCAACUUGAAGAUCUGGCCUACCUUGAUGAACAGCAAAGGUGCACUCCUUCCAGGGCGUCCCUCAGAAUGCCCCGAUCGAAUUCUGGAAGUCGAAGUCAACAGGAAAAGCGGGUUCAGUUGAGUCCCUACCUGAGCCUGAAGCCCCUCCGUUUCGAGAUUCCCGGCCUGUUGUCCGACUGGAGCUUUACCGGAAGGGAGUGGCUCUUCCAGGAAGUCGACAACCGUCUCUCCAGCGACGACCCGCUCGUCAAUCGAGGGGUGGUGAUCGUCGGAAGCAUGGGUUUCGGCAAGACGGCCGUCAUCGCCCGGCUGGCGGCGCUGAGUUGUCACGGCGACCGGAUGUGGCCGACAUCCUCUGCUCUCCAGACGCCGCCCAAAUACGCAGAAUCGGUCCCCCACGAUUCGCUGGGACGAGGAGGGGCAGAUGAAGGAGGAGGCGGGAGCUGUCCAGGGACUCCAGAGAUCAAGAGGAGACAGCAGGAGGCCAUGCUGAGGCUUGCGGGACAGGUGGUUUCUUAUCAUUUCUGUCAGGCUGACAACUGCCACACGUGUUUGGUACCGGAGUUCGUCCACAACACGGCGGCGCUGUUGACCGAAGCCCCGCGCCUGUCGGCGUACCGAGAGCUGCUGAAUGGAUCGCCGCAACUUCAGAGCUCGCUCAGCCUGCGAUCCUGCAUCCGAGACCCCGCCUCGGCCCUCCAGAAAGGAAUUCUAGAACCGCUGGAUGCUCUUUACAAGGAGAGGAGGUUGCACGUGGAGGGGGCGGGGAUCAUUCUACUGAUUGAUGGGCUCAAUGAGGCAGAGUUCCAUCGGCCGGACUACGGCGACACACUCGCCUCCUUCUUGUCCCGGAACAUCCACAGAUUCCCUUCAUGGUUGAAGAUCAUCGCCACUGUCAGGACCAGUCAGCAGGACAUCGCUCGGUCUUUGCCUUUUCACCGCAUCUCUUUAGACAGGAUGGAAGAAAACACGGCCAUAGAUCAAGACCUGCAGGCUUACCUGUUGCAACGCAUCCAUAGCAGCCCGGAGAUUCAGAGCAACGUGGCACUCAGCAACGGUCGCCUCGACAACACGGCCCUAACCAAGCUAAUUAGCCACCUGAAGGCCCUAAGCAAAGGCUCCUACCUCUACCUGAAACUGACCCUGGACUUGAUUGAGGGAGGAUACCUUGUCCUGAAAAGUUCCAGCUUCAAGGUGGUUCCGGUCAGCCUCGCGGAGGUCUACCUGCUGCAACUCAACAUGCGGUUUCCCACACAGUCGUCUUUCCUUAGAGUGAUCCCGCUGCUCAAUGUAACCGUGGCAACGCUGCACCCGUUGACGGACCGACAGCUUUUUGAGGUGAUCAAUGCCGGCGCUCUGACCGGCGGGGCGAUGCAGUGGGCCGAGUUCACGCAGCGUCUGGAGCAGCUGUCGCCGUUCCUGCUGCGGCGGGCCGAUGGCGGCGGGAUGCUCAACCACACCUCGUUCCGAGAAUGGCUGGUGUGGCGGGAUGAAGGGCAGGACCACAGGUUCCUCUGUGACCCCAGGAGCGGUCACACGCUGCUGGCUUUCUGGCUGUGCAGACAGGGAGGGAAGCUGAGCCGACAGCAGACCCUUGAGCUGGGACAUCACAUCUUAAAGGCUCACAUCUACAAAGGCUUGAGCAAGAAGCUUGGCAUUUCCUCCUCCAUUCUGCAGGGCCUGUGGAUGUCUUACAGCACAGAGAGCUUGAAUCAUGCUCUCUCAUCCUUGCGAAACCUUUAUACCCCCAACAUCAAGGUGAGCAGAUUACUGAUUCUAAGUGGGGCGGAUGUGGAUUAUCGGAGCGGUGUCCUCAAUAACGCCCCCCUGCUAUGUGUCCACGCUCAUUUGGGCCAUGGUGAUGCCGUAGCCCUUUUACUUGACCAUGGAGCUCAGGUGGAUAUUCAGUCACAAGAUGGGUUGACUGCACUCGGGUUCGCCGCUUCUGCUGGACAUCUGGACGUUAUCACCUUGCUUUGUCAGCAUAAUGCCAAGGUCGGUCACGUCGACAGCUCGGGUCGCUGCGUCGCUGUGCACGCAGCUCAGCGGGGCCACCUGCGCGUGCUGCGUUUCCUUCUGAAGCACGCCGACUGGAGCUGCGGCGCCUGCUGCGGCCCGAGGGGGCUGAGCAGGAGCCGGGCCUUGCAGCAAGCGCUGACCGCAGCGGCCGGCAUGGGUCACGCCGAGAUUGUGUCUUAUCUGCUGGAGCCUCCAGAGGGAGAUCACAAAGAGGAGGAGAGACCCGGGAUCAACACAGCCGACAGCCUGUGGGGAGAGACAGCUCUGACGGCAGCGGCGGGAGGUGGCAGGUUGUCGGUCUGCAAGCUGUUGUUGGCUCGAGGCGCCGCUCUGGAGCGAGGCAGCGGGCCGAGUGUCUUACCGCUGUUCUGUGCGGUCAGGCGGGGCCAUUGGCAGGUGGCGGAGCUGUUAUUGAAUCACGGGGCGCAGGUCAACGCGGCGGACCGGCAGGGCCGCACGGCUUUGAUGACGGCGGCCUCAGAAGGUCACGUGACCACCGCCAAAUUGCUGCUGGAUCACGGUGCGUCUCUGGAUCAGGCUGACAGGGAAGGCUUAACGGCGCUGAGCUGGGCGUGUCUGAAAGGCCAGCUGCCGUUGGUGCGAGAGCUGGUGGCCAGAGGCGCCGCCACGACGCAUAGCGACCGCAGCGGUCGCACGCCUUUGGAUCUGGCCGCAUUUGGCGGCGAUCCCGAAGUGGUGAAGCAUCUGGUGGAUCACGGCGCGUCGGUGGAACACGUCGAUUCCAGCGGGAUGCGACCGCUGGACCGAGCCGUCGGCUGCAGGAACACUUCGGCGGUCAUCGCCCUGCUCAAAAAAGGAGCCGAAAUAGGACCGGCAACCUGGGCCAUGGCUACAUCCAAACCAGACAUUUUAAUGGUGCUCAUCAGUAAAUUAGUCCAAGAGGGGGACAAACUGUACAAGCAAGGCAAAGUGAGAGAAGCAGCACAUUCCUAUCAGUCUGCACUCCAGAAGUUUCCGGCGGACGAGCCGAAGACGUUCAGACAGCUGAGAGUGUGCGUGCUCCUCAACCUGUCACGUUGUCGCCGCAAGAUGAACGAUUUCGGCCUCGCAGAGGACUUUGCCACCAGGGCUUUGGAGCUCAAAGCCAAAUCUUAUGAGGCCUUCUACGCCAGAGCCCGUGCCAAGCGCAGUCGCCGAGAGUUUGGCGCAGCCCUGGAAGACCUGCUGGAAGCCAGCCGCCUGUCUCCUUCCAACCGAGAGAUUCAACGGCUCCUGUCUCGGGUCAAGGAGGAGUGUCGACAGCACGCGCCGCAAGCGGACUCUUGCGCUCCCGCCACGCCGAGCGUCUGUCAAGGAAACUUGUCCGACGACAACGCACGGUCCGGAGCUUCGGAUUACCUGCAGGUUCACGCCAACGAGGCCUUUGCCAGAGAUGACGAGAACGACGAGGGUAGAAAUCGGCGCGACGGAGAUGCCGCCGCUCGCAAUGUCUACGGCCGUCCGGGGGCGCCGUUGCCUCCUUCCCUCCCCCCGAGUCAGCACGCGCACGGCCCCGAGACGAGCCCCGCCCAUUCGCCCUCUUCGUCUCCCUACCGCUGCUUGAGCCCCGCCACCUCGCCGCGGCAGAACCCGCAGCCCGGCAGCCCCGCGCCGGAGCGCAAGUUGUUAGCCGCGUACCACGCCGACCCGCGCCGGGCAAUGGAGCGGCACGACCAGCAGUCCAGAUCUCUUCACAAGCAAAACCACUGGCCGCAACCGGCCAAAGUCCAGCUUGUGAGAACGGCUCAGCCCAGUUCGGCGGUUCAGUCGAGCGCGCUUUUGGGUCGUUCCGCCUACUCACAGUUUGCCCACCUGCCGCAAGAACUCGCCGAACUCGGAGAGGGUAUCUGCCCAAACCCCUUUGAUAUGAAAGCCAGCCAGCAGGUGCUCGCGGGGGUGGGGGGCGGAGCUCCGUGUCUUCAAGAGAGCGCGGAUGCAGACCCGCUUUACCCGCCGAAACCUAUGAUGAGUCGCUUUGGCCAGUCCCGCCAGUACAGCCGCAACCAAUCCAAAGCCGCCUAUUACCCCAUGGAAGUGACGGAAAUGGCCAAAGCGCCGGCCGAUGAUCAGCGGUACCUUCACCAGGCGGCCCUACGACACCCGACCUCCCCCGCCCUUCCCCACAGACCCGUCGUCUUCUCCCAGAGCCCCGGCGUCUGCUUCUCCGCGAGCAGCGGCAGCCUCGUCGGCGGGCAGCAGGCCAACCGGGGCCCAGGUUUCAGGACGCCGGCCCCCACGCAGCUAGCGGACUUGGCUCCGCGCGCUUUUAAAGGAGAGCCCGCGGGCCCCCUGGAUGAUCUGGCGCCCAACUCCCCGCCCCGGGCGGAGUGCGUGGUCGGAGGCGGCACGUAUCCCGGAGAGGCCGGCCGCUCGUCGUCGAGGAACGCGGCGCCCUACGCGGGUCUCGGCGACAAUUCCGGAAGAGUGCAGCCGCGAGCCCCGCCCGCUUCCCCAUCUGGCCUCAGCCCCUCCCGAUCGUGGGCCGUGUCCUCGGUGGACACCGUCGUCACGUCGCCGGACAAACAAGGCGACGAGCUGGGCCGAUCGCAGCCGGCCUUCUUCAUCGCCCAUCACAACCGCAGCAACAACAACGGCCACUGUGACACGCGGCUGCCCUACUAUCACGUGUCGCCGGGCAAGGAUCCUCACGUUGGCGGCCAGAAGCCGACUUACGUCGAGGCGAAGCUCACGCGGACGCUGCCGCUCAAUAGAAAGACGUGUCCCGCCUCUCCCGUCAAAGCCAAAAGACCCUUUGUGGAGUCGAAUGUCUAGAGACGGCGAGCAGCGAGGCUCGAGGAAGGCCGUGACGACAACCGAUAACCGUUGAAUGGCAUCCGGGGCGCUCUGUCGCCGAUGCGCUUCGAGAGCCGCCCGUUGCCAAAAGCCGUCUUGAUAGUUCCUCACGGAAAGUCGUCCCUCAACGGCGAGGUCGCGGGCUUGUCGCCCGAGCACGAGGAGCAGCAGGACCGUCCCAGGUGGACUCGUAUCUCCGGACUCGGUGGCAACUCGACGCCUUCACCGAAGCGCUGCCGUGGUUUGACAAACCUGUUGCAAAAUAUCACAUUUCGUUUUGAAGACAUUAGGAGACUCAUUGUUGAUGCCACUGAGCCUGCGCGGGGUCACGGGCCCGACUUCUUUCCGUUCCUUGCUUUGAAGUUUGGUGCUUUUUGUGAUGACGAAUGUUAGCCCAUUUCUUUUUGUGUGUUUCUGACAAACGAGACUUCUGACCUCUCCAUCUCUCUGCUGCGAUGGUUCUCGACGCCGCGACGCGUUCAGCCAUCGGCAGCCGUGAUUUGGACAACUUGGAAUUUGAAUAACGUAGGACCUUGAUUGGAUGUAUGAAAAGCUGUCAUUAAACGUCACCGCCAACUCGCCGAA